CUGCUCCUUGCCACCACCGUCCACGACGAUGAGCGCAGGUCUACUGCGGCUCCAGCAAGCCUGGAGCCCCUCCAGGCUCUUUGGCUCGGCGCGCUUUACCCGACAGUUUCACGUUUCGCAUGCUCGUCGCGCUCUCGCCCCGACACGGCCGGUCAGGGCGGUCGCUCGCGCUGCAGUCGGCUCGUACGGCCAGCAGGACGACGAGGAGCACGUCCUCAACUCUCCCUCGGAACUCGCACGCAAGAUCUCGGCGAAGGUCCUGCCCAAAAUCCCCCGUCCCGACGUCAGCAAGGUGCUCAUCGUCGGCUCCGGCGGUCUCAGCAUCGGCCAGGCUGGCGAGUUCGACUACUCCGGCUCUCAGGCACUCAAGGCACUUUGUGAGGAGGGCGUCGACGCUGUCCUCAUCAAUCCCAACAUCGCCACGUGGCAGACGUCGCACCAGCUCGCGUCGGAGGUCUACUUCCUGCCUGUCACUGCGGACUACGUCGCCUACGUCUUGGAGAAGGAGCGUCCGGACGGUAUCUUGCUCACCUUUGGUGGACAGAGUGCCCUGAACGUUGGUAUCGAGCUCGACCGUAUGGGUGUCUUGGACCGUCUUGGCGUUCGCGUGCUCGGCACUCCCAUUCGCACGCUGGAAGUUUCGGAAGAUCGGGAUCUUUUCGUACAGGCUUUGAAGGAGAUCGAUAUCCCAGUCGCUCAGUCGACGGCAGUUUCUUCGGUCAACGAUGCCCUUAGCGCCGCAGAGAAGAUUGGCUAUCCAGUUAUUUUGCGUUCGGCUUUCACGCUCGGUGGUCUUGGCUCCGGUUUUGCAAACAACCCUGACGAAUUGCGCGAUCUCUCGGCGAAGAGCUUGAGCCUGAGCCCGCAGGUGCUUAUCGAACGGAGUAUGAAGGGUUGGAAGGAGUUGGAGUACGAAGUCGUACGAGACGCUGCGGACAACACUAUCAUCUGCUGUAACAUGGAGAAUUUCGACCCCCUCGGCACCCACACUGGCGACUCCAUUGUUGUUGCGCCCUCGCAAACCCUCCCGGAUGACGAAUACCAUAUGCUCCGGUCUGCUGCUCUGAAGGUUAUCCGACACCUGGGCGUCAUUGGGGAAUGCAACAUCCAGUACGCGCUCAACCCGACGUCAAGGGAGUACUGUGUCAUCGAGGUAAACGCUCGGCUGAGUCGUUCGAGUGCGUUGGCGUCGAAGGCUACUGGCUACCCGCUCGCAUACACUGCAGCCAAGAUCGCUCUCGGUCAUACGCUUCCGGAACUGCCUAAUGCGGUCACGAAGACGACGACGGCAUGCUUCGAACCCUCUCUGGAUUACAUCGUCACUAAGAUUCCGAAGUGGGACCUCGCGAAGUUCACGAACGUGAACCGUGAGGUCGGCUCCGCUAUGAAGUCUGUCGGAGAAGUCAUGGCUAUAGGACGCACGUUCGAGGAGUCCCUGCAAAAGGCGAUUCGCCAGGUCGACCCGCGCUGGAAAGGUUUCGAGGCUUACGUACAGCCGGAGGAUCUGGAUCUCGCUCUCAGCAAACCUACCGACAUGCGCCUGUUUGCGAUUGCAUACGCGAUGUUCAACAAGAGCUAUACGGUCGACCAAUUGCAUGACUUAACGAAGAUCGACAAGUGGUUCCUGUACAAGAUCGAGAAUAUCGUCAAUACGGUUUACGCCCUCAAGGCGGCAGGUUCCAUAAAGGCCAUCGACCACGAGCUUAUGGAGCGCGCGAAGCGUAUGGGUUUCUCGGAUGUGCACAUCGCCGACCUAGUUUCCUCCGACGAGCUCACCGUGCGUGCUCACCGCAAGUCCCUUGGCAUUACCCCCUUCGUGAAGCGUAUUGAUACGCUUGCCGCUGAGUACCCUGCCCACACGAACUACCUCUACACCACCUACAACGCUUCCGAGCACGAUGUCAAGUUCGAUGAGCAUGGCACGAUGGUCCUUGGUAGUGGUGUCUACCGUAUCGGCAGUAGUGUCGAGUUUGACUGGUGCGCCGUCACUUGCGCCCGGAAACUCCGCGAGAUGGGUAACCGCACAAUCAUGAUCAAUUACAACCCUGAGACCGUUUCGACGGACUUCGAUGAGGCCGACCGGUUAUACUUCGAGGAACUCGGUUUUGAGCGUGUCAUGGAUAUUUACGAGCUCGAGCAGGCGCAAGGUGUCAUCGUCAGCGUUGGAGGUCAGCUCCCUCAGAACAUCGCGCUUCGCCUGAAACAGGCCGAUGUCAAGGUUCUUGGUACCGACCCUGAAAGAAUCGACAGCGCUGAGGACCGACACAAGUUCUCAUCGAUACUGGACAGCAUCGGCGUUGACCAACCCGAGUGGGCGGAGGUCUCCUCCGUUGGCGCUGCGAAGGAGUUCGCACAGCGCGUCGGUUACCCGGUCCUUAUCCGGCCAUCGUACGUUUUGUCCGGCGCUGCCAUGAACGUCGUCUACGAGGAAUCCGCGCUCGAGUACAACCUCUCUGCCGCCGCUUCGGUCUCCCCUCUACACCCGGUCGUCAUCACCAAAUUCAUAGACAACGCUCAGGAGAUCGAUGUUGACGCCGUCGCGCACAAGGGCAAGCUCCUCUUACACGCUAUCUCUGAGCAUGUCGAGAACGCUGGUGUCCACUCUGGCGAUGCUACGCUGGUUCUCCCUCCCUUCUCCCUCACCGACGACGAGAUGCUCCGCUUGAGGCAAAUUGCUGAGAAAGUUGCCUCCGCGUUUGAGAUCUCCGGUCCGUACAACAUGCAGGUUAUCCGUAAACCUGCCGACGAGCCUGGCGCUGCCGCCGAGUUCAAGGUUAUAGAGUGUAAUCUACGCGCCUCGCGGUCGUUCCCCUUCGUCUCCAAGGUGCUUGGCCGGAACUUCAUCGAUACCGCAACGGCGGCCAUUGUAGGUCAGAACGUGCCUGAGCCUGUCGACAUAAUGGCGCAAAAGCGCGACUACACUGCAGUCAAAGUCUCGCAAUUCUCAUGGACGCGGCUGGCAGGCGCAGAUCCCUUCCUAGGCGUUGAAAUGGCCUCCACGGGUGAAGUUGCAGCAUUCGGGCGCGACAUACAGGAAGCCUACUGGACGUCGCUCCUGAGCACGACCGGUUUCAAGAAGCCUCGCCCAAACACCGGUGUGCUUAUCGGCGGAGACAUCAAGAAGCCUGAGAUGAAGACGAUCGCAAAGACCUUGCUUGAUCUCGGCUUCAAGCUGUACUGCUCAUCCCCAGUUGUCGAGGAGUUCUUGAACAGCAUUCCAUACGUCUCGGCGAAGCGGAUAUUCUUCCCCAAAACCGACAAGCGGAAGCUCCGCGAGGUAUUUGAUGAGUAUGACAUCGAAUGCGUAAUCAACCUUGCGAAGGCGCGCGGCAAAGACUUGACGGACGAGGACUACGUCGCUCGACGUAACGCUGUCGACUUCGGUCUGCCCCUGCUCAACAAUGCGCGAUGCGCACAACUUUUCGUCGAAAGUUUCGCGAAGAAAAUUCCUGAGGGAGGCUUGAGGGGCUACACCGAAGGCCGGAUACCCCCUGAGGUCAGGUCAUGGGGUGAAUGGAUCGGCUCGCGCCCUUGAACAAUUUAAAUCCAAUACUGCGUAUUCCAAUCGAAAAGUAUCAUAAGUAGCAGUGCUUCAUUGUAUAUGUUAUACUCGAUAGAUCAUGCACAGAUAUUGUAUCAGUAUCUGCCGAACGAUAGGUGCCAAGCGUGACGCUUGCCUGACACCGAGGUGUUUUGUUUCGUUGACCAGGAGCCGCUUGAGCGCUUUGAAUCAAUUGUACGCAUACACAGCCUAACGUGGGUCAUGAGCUUCAACGUCAGAAUCUUCUGUGGACGUCAUUCUAGACUCCUAUUUAUCGACUGUCAGACUGGCAGAAGAUCCUCCGGGGUACAUAGCUCGUCUAAAACGAGGUUCGCAGGUGGAGCAAGGCGGAUCGACGGCUCGAUGGCAUCGUGCUCGUGCGCGCGGCCCGGAGCGAACUUCUUGACCAGCUCUGGCGGGAGUUUCCCUUCGAUCGCGUCGGCAACGAGUCGACCGAUGACAGGCAGAAACUUGAAUGCAUGGCCGCAUCCCGACGUCGCGAGGAAGACGUUCUCAAUUUCUGGAUGCGCGCCGAUUACCCAAUUGUCAUCAGCCGAGUCAGUGUACCUCCAGGCGACAUUUGUCAGUAGAGCUCCACGAGGGAAGUACUCGAGUUCUCACCAGCAUAAACGAGUCCCAAAGAAAGGCUUACUCCCGAUCUCGGGAUAGAUGCGAGCGAGAUUCGUUCUUAGGGCUUUCAUAGCUGCUCUGGGUAUCCGUAGUCCAUCUACGCCGUCCGAGGUCACCGUGCGAGGCGUGGAUACGUAGACGUCAGAGUUUGCGAUCUUGAUCUUCUGAACGAACCCGCCGGAAUGAAUGGCGCAUUUGACGAUGUUAUCUUUGUUCGGUGGGAACACGUAGAAACCCGAGUGGAAAUCGAGGUAUACGGGGCAUGCUCGGUACCGUUCAGCUUCCUCUGGGGUCAACUGGACGAAGGCAACGGUUUGUCCAGUAGCGAGGCAUUGGCUAUCCAAUCCUAGGUCUGGGAACGAUGAGGCCGACCAAGAACCAGCCGCGAGGAUAACGAGGUCGGCUUCAUGAACGCUCCCGUCAGUACAACGCACGGAAGAAACCCUCUUGUUAGUCCUAGUGAGCUCGGAAACAGUCUUUCCAGGAAUAAUCUUCCCGCCAAGAGCCGCCACCUUGUCCAUUAACCGCUGAAUGCCCUGUGAUGCGAAUGCCCACCCGCCAUCCCGAUUGAGGAAUCCUUUUGCCGCAUCGGAAAGGCCGAGCUCAGCCGUGGUUGGGAAGACGUUGCGUAUCGCUUCCGGGGUUAAGAGUGUCUGUACGUCGGCGUUGACCGUUAUGUCAUUCUGAUAGGCUUGGGCGAUGUAGCUGUCCGCGCCUUCUGUAGCACAGUAUACUCCGCAUUCGCGAUAGGUGUCGCCCCACUCAUCGGUUUCUUUCCAUGCAGCGAUAGCUUCUCUGCCAAGACGCGUAUAGAAUAUGUCCGCGUAGGAGCUCCGGACUAUCUUGCUUAUAUCUGUGCUAGCUGCGUCUGGGGCCGGAAGCACCGGGGAGCGAUCAAGGAUUGUGACAUCCUUGUAACCCCUCUUCAACAGAUGAUACCCCGUCGAAAGCCCGAAGCAUCCGGCACCGACUAUGACGAUGCGGGUAUCGCCGUGUACUAAGACCAUUGAGAGGCUGAGAACGUCGCGAGAGGGAAGAUAGGAUUUUGCGUAGAGGAUUCAAGGCCCUGCAGCAUGAAAUGACUCACCGUCGGACCCACAUCUGGCCCGGUCGGAGAUCAAACUGACCGAGUCACCAAACGCGCCUGACCACCCCUAGGGGUGGAAGGUCUACGUCCCGCCGAAGGUAUCCGGCCGCCGGGCCGGGGACUAGUACUCAAGGCGUGGUCGUUCCGAGACUCUGCAGCCUUGACGAAAGUCACAGCGCUAACAAGCGGCACAACUUUCCACCGGGGAGUAGGGUAUAAGCUAUGGCCAGCU